UUCUUUGAAUCAAACGAGGUUGAAAGUUGGAAAAUGAAAGUGUGUCUGAACGGGACAGUGUACUCUGCUGAAGAAUACAAAUGUAAAGCCGGAGUCUGGUUUACUGAGCCACGACUUUUGGGGUCCCUCUGUUUCGAUAAAGGAACAUGGGCGUUAUAUGAGGAAUGGUGUCAAUCAAAUCCGAUUAUUUGGAGCGCUUACCCUCAAACCAAAGGAUGUAUUAGUCACCUCUAUUUGAAAAACAUAAAGAUUGCAGGCAUCGUUUAUUUGGGGAAUGAAAACAACGGGGGACAAAUAGCUACUUCUGGUCGACGUCUGUUUCUAAACAAUUCUGAUUUGAAACGUGGAAAAACAUUUGAUUUAGUGGAUGAUAACACGUUUGAAGUUUUGACCUGGGGAACGAAUGCAUUUGCAGUUGAGCAGCAUCGAGGCUUCUCGAGACUUCAAAACUGCUUAAUGAAACCACGAACUGUGUUCUUUGGUUAUUACAAGUUCGAAUUGGACGAAAUACAUAAUUUGUCGAUUUAUGUGCAAGAAAAUCUGUGUCUGGAUUCAAAAUUCCGUGGAGAUCGGAUUCAAAAGAAACCAAAUAAGAUGCAGUUUAAAGUGCAUGGAACCUCUCAGAAAGAAUCAUCAACAACAUGGGAGACAAAAGAACCAUGUAAACCCGAGUUUGCAAUGCCUGCCAUUGGACAAGAAGAUUACUUGGAUUAUAGCCAGGAUGCUACUAGGACUGCCACUUCUCCCACCACUAAUAAAAAUGAUUCCGACGUUGUUAGACAAAACGUUGACGAUCAAUCACAACGAAUUGGGGCAAAAUUUUAUGCUUCAAAGUUCUAUCAUGAACUUCCGGUUGAAAUGUUUGAUUUUAUGGAAUGGAAGUUUUUGGAAAUUGGGAAGAAAAUUUUCAAAAAGACAUGUCCAACUACAAUGGUUCCAGAAUUGUAUUUGGACGAUAUAUUUCUUUUGUUUAAAUUUUUACUCGAAGAGUCUUUCACACUAUUUCCACCAAACGUGGAUCCUGAUAAUGCAACAAGAUUACGAAUUUUGAGAGCAUUAAAGAAAUGUGAAGCAAGCGGAACCUCAUUUGUCUUCAAAAAUGGCAAGAGUUGUUCCAAGACUCCACUACUCAAGUUUAAAGCUCGGAAUGGAACCACAAUUUUACAGCUUUUACAAGUACCGAGACAAAUCAAGAUUAAUGUAGAGAAAUUCGAUCUAAUUUUGGAGUCGGUUUGGAAAAUAAUGCUGUUCAUUCAUUACUAUUGCGCUGAGUCAUCAUUUAAUGAGUUUUCUUCUGACUUGAGCGUUUUGCAAAAUCGAUGGCAGUCCCUGAUAGCUCCUGAUUUGAUUCGUCGAUGGAAAAAUCCAGGUAGUUCUUAUGACAUGAUGCAGCGUUUAUUCAUGAACAUGGAUCUUGACUUGACUCUUGAGAAAACUAUUCAAAAUUUGGAUCACUGUGUUGGAGCGGCCCAUGUGCAUUCUUCUUACAAAGGAUGGUUAAAACGACCGCUGACUAAAUCAGAAUUAAGGAAUAAAAAUGCAACUCAGCAAGAUCUCAUUUGGGAUGGGCAAGCCUACUGUGCCAUGGAUUACACGUAUCCUGCUGAAAAACUAGGAUUCCCAUUAGAAAAGUGUGGAAUAAGAUUCUCUAAUUAGCGUGUAAUUUGAGGACCAUUUAUUUAUUUUCUCAGAAUACAGCGAGACACGAUUCGUAGUACCUUUUUUUACAUAAAAAGUUAUAAAAUAAAGCAAACAAUGUCAAUAAUACUGAA